UCUGCAUGCCUUCAAGCACUUUCCAAUAUGUCGUCAGGUCUGGAAUGGACGUAUAAUCCAUGCCUCAGUUGUGGCACCCAGACAGAGGGAGCAACUUACUGCUCUGAUUCCUGUCGGCUGUCAGAAUACGAGAAGACGCCAGCGUCGAUUCACAGUUCGAGCUCGCCUUCUACGCAUAUCACACAGUCUCCUUCAACAUCGCCAGCCCAAGAUGCCGGGGUAUCGGCCAAGGCAGAGAAGGAAUUGAGAGCGUACAACAUGUCAUUGGACCAGUCGAAGAUGAAGAGGAGAGCAUCGCGUUGAAGCCGAAAUAUCUCCACUCCAUUCGCGGGGCGGGAACAGGUGCCCACAAUUGAGAAGAGCUACUGCGGGGGCGUUUACUGCGUAAUUCAGACGGGUGGGUCAAGCCACUGAAGCAACUUCUACAGCGCACAUGCCUCCAGCAGAGGGGCGCUCUUGCUGUGGGCUCUGAUUCCGACAGAGAUAAAUGGAAGUUCGAUGAAUGGAAAUAAAAUUGGACAAGCCGCU